AUGGGGUCGGAGAGAUGGGCAUGGAUGGUUUGGUUUUGGGUGAUUUUAAGUAUUGGAAAUAUGGUUGGGAUAAUGAUAUUACAUGUUUCAGCUAAUCCAGCAGUGCCAGCAAUCUAUGUAUUUGGGGACUCAACAGCAGAUGUUGGAACCAACAAUUACUUGGCUGAGUGUGGAGCCAAAGUCAAUUUCCCGCAUCAUGGCAUUGAUUAUCCAGGCUCCAAACCAACCGGCAGGUUCAGCAAUGGCUAUAACUCUAUUGAUUUCCUAGCCCAGUUUCUCGGUUUCGAGGAGAGCCCGCCACCUUUUCUCUAUCUACUAAGGAAAGAUAAGAAGAAUUUCAUGAGGAAUGUCCUCAACGGAGCCAACUUCGCCUCCGGCGGAGCAGGACUUCUCGGCAUUACGGGAAAAAGACCAUAUAAAAGGGUAAUCUCAGUUGCAGAACAAGUGCAACAAUUUGCAAAGGUUCGCAAUGCUUACACGAAAUUGCUAGGUAAUCAAGCAGAAGAUAGGCUCUCUAAGUCUCUCUUCCUCAUUAGCGUUGGAAGCAAUGACAUCUUUGAAUAUUUUCUUUAUAACCAAACACAAAUCAAGAGCGAAAAUUUCAUCUCUACUCUUCUCUAUUCUUAUGAAUAUCAUCUAAGGGGGUUGUUACGGCUCGGAGCGAAAAGACUUGGCAUCGUCUCCGUCACUCCGAUCGGGUGUUGCCCAAUCAUACGCAUUCGAAGCGAGAAUGAAGAGUGCUCGGACACAAUGAACGCAUUUGCUAAGAAAUUCAAUUUAGGGCUGGAAGCCCUCUUGAAGAAAUUGAGCACAGAAGGCGCAAAACCAAUGAAAUAUUCGAUUGCCAAGUCAUAUGACAUGACAUUAAGUGUUCUUAACGACCCUCUUUCAUACAAUUUCAAGGAUGGAAAAAGUGCAUGUUGUGGUAACGGAGGAAGACUAAAUGCGGAGGAAAGGUGCAAACCAGAUUCUAAGGUGUGCAAAGACCGAAAUGCCCUUCUCUUCUGGGACCAAUUCCAUCCAACUGAGGUCGCUUUUAAGCUUGCAGCUAUGGCUCUCUAUGGCGGUGGCGACCAACAUAUCGCUCCCAUGAAUAUUAGUCAAUUAGCUAUACUUAAGUUCUGA